AAAAGAAGGUCAAACUUUAAAAUUCAAAUUAUAAAGAUUUAGAAAUUUUGUACAGAAGCUCUUGGAUAUUAUAAAAUGCUCUAGGAAAUUUAUCAAUCUGCCACUCUAGCUGUUGUUCAAAGUUGAAACUCCAACUCAACUCACUUUUCCAUUGCCAACCUCUUGCUUACAUUUCCUAUCUUAAUAAACUAUUUUGCGUUCCCUAAUAUCACAUACACAGCUUCUGUUUAGGGUUAAGUCAAGAGUCUUCUAGCUUAACUCUACAUUCUCCUCUUAUAACUGUUGAAUUUAUUCAAAAAAUAAAAUAAAAUACAAUUGUUUAGGGUCAUGAAUGAGGGAUGAAAAGGGGCUCCAAGUUGCUGUAAACCUAUGUGCAUGAGUUAUUCCCUAAGUUUCUCUUUGCUGCAAAUGUUUUAUAAAGAAGAAAAUCUCUAAAGAGAAAAGGAAAAUUGAGGUAAAUAUUGGAACACGUUCACUAAUCACUGGCACUGCUCCUCUAUCUCUGACUCUCUCUAUGCUUUUGAAUUUUUAUUCUUUUUUUCCAAACAAACUGAAAUUUCAAACCACUCACUAACUAACUGAAAGAGAGAGAGAGAGAGAGAGAGAGAGAGAGAGAGAGAGAACGGUCAUGGCGGCAGUGAUCAGCAACCUCUCGUGUGUGUCGCUUCCAAGGAUACUCAGUAACUCGAGGCGUUGUUUCUUCAAACCCUGUGCGCGUCCACGACUCUUCGAUAAACGUAUUUUCGCGGUAAAAAUUCGAGCUUCUUCAACCGCCUUUGUCGACACCAAGCCCCCAACGGAACCUAUUGUGGUUGAAAAUGAGGUUAGCAGCAGCAAGAGCAUUUUAGCUUGUCCUAUAUGCUACGAAUCGUUAACGUUGAUUGGCAGUCAUGUCUUAUCUGUCAGAGAGUCUGCAGCUGGGUCUACUUUACAAUGUAACACUUGUAAGAAGUCAUUCUAUGGCAAUCAAACACAUUAUGACGUGACGGUGGCUAGUGGGACCAAGGACUAUGGCCUGGGGAUGCCAAUUUCCACCGAGUUUUUCAGGUUCCCAUUGAUAUCUUUUCUCUAUGAGAGGGGCUGGCGUCAAAGUUUUUCUAUCUGGGGUAGUUUUCCAGGCCCAGAGAAAGAGUUUGAAUUGAUGAGGGAUUCCUUGAAGCCAGCUUUAGAUGGAAUUAUAGUUGAUGCUAGUUGUGGGAGUGGGUUAUUUUCAAGACUAUUUGCCCAGAGUGGAUUGUUUUCUCUUGUCAUUGCUCUGGACUACUCAGAGAACAUGUUGCAGCAAUGUUAUGAAUUCAUUAAGCAGGAGGAAACUUUUCCAAAAGAGAACUUAAUCUUGGUCAGAGCUGAUAUCUCUAGGCUUCCUUUUGUUUCAAGUUCUGUUGAUGCUGUGCAUGCUGGUGCUGCUCUACAGUGUUGGCCUUCACCAUCAACAGCUGUAGCUGAAAUUAGUCGAGUUCUGCGACCCGGCGGAGUGUUUGUUGCUACCACCUACAUAUUUGAUGGGCCUUUUGCUUUUAUCCCAUUUUUGAGGAGACAACGUCAGAUUAUCGCGGCAAUGUCAGGCAGCCAUUUCUUCCUAUCUGAACGUGAACUACAAGAUCUCUGCACAGCCUGUGGAUUAGUUGGCUUUACAAGUAUAAGAAAUGGGCUUUUCGUGAUGAUUUCUGCUUCAAAACCCAUCUAAGGAUUUGGCAAGCUGCUGCUGUCCACCCUGUCUUCUCUAUUUUUUUUUUUUUUUUGGUUAAGAGAACUACAUUUAUAUAAGAUGUUGUUGCCAAACAUUGGGUUCAAAUCUCAUGGGAAAAAUGGAUAUUUACCCCUAAUUUGAAAAAUAUGUAGCAAAGUGCCCAUAUUUUGAAAUUAUUUAGCAAAAUGCCCAUAUUUUGAAACUCAAUA